GGCAACCAGCGGCAGCCAUCUUUGAUUGUGCGACAGGCCGUGGCGCAAGCGGGGCCUCACUCAACUAAAAACGGUCUGGCACGAGAUUACGGAGCCACGGGACAACCGGCUCCUCUAGCGAGGACCGAAAGGACGAGGACAAACUUCUGGCUUAAAACGUUGGAAGAGACGCAAAAUAUACCGACAGGGUUCACGUGGACAACUGUUUGUUGGCAGCCAGCGAGAAAAGCUACCCAACGUUAGCCGAAGUGGGUUAGCAGGUUAGCCAGCUUUUGUAAUCCGCCGGCCAGACAAACACACGUCCACUUCAGUCCAGACACAAACCGGACUUCAAGCGAGGUUACACACCACCGCGAAGAAGGGCACCGGCGCUGGCAGGAGGCUGGUUCUUGGGGCGAGGCCAAAGGACCAGACUCGAUGAGUUUCCAGCGAAAUGUCAGAGAAGUCAGGGCAGAGCACCAAGGCAAAGGAUGGCAAAACAAAAUAUGCAACCCUUAGCCUUUUCAACACCUACAAGGGCAAAUCUCUGGAAACCCAGAAAACUGCUGUGGCUGCCAGACAUGGACUCCAGAGUUUGGGCAAAGUUGCCAUUAGCCGGCGUAUGCCCCCUCCAGCCAACCUGCCCAGCUUAAAGGCAGAAAACAAAGGAAACGAUCCCAACGUCAACAUCGUCCCCAAAGAUGGUAGUGGCUGGGCAUCUCGAACUGAUGCAGGGGAUGAGAGGCAACAAGAAACCCCACCACCCCAAAACAAACCAGCAGCACAGUCACAAGAGCUUUCUACUGGAGGCAGCCGCUCAUGGGCUAACAGCAAGCAAACACAGCUAGAUGGAGCUCCACGAGUGAGCAGCCAGUUCCACCAGGAGUUUCCUAGCCUGCAAGCAGCUGGUGAGGUAGAGAAAGGUGAUGUCCAAGAUGAAGAGCCCUAUGGACCAGGCCCUAGUCUUAGACCUCAAAAUGUUGGUAGUUGGCGUGAAGGUGGAGGCAGAAACUUGAACACUGCAGCCAGCCCACCUGAGAUGGACACCAAGUCUCAGGAAGAGGUUACCUCUGGUCUUGGUACCUCCACCCCACCGGUGGAAGCUGAUGAACCAGUCCGAAAUGUAACGACUGAAGUUCAAAGGGAGAAAAGAGAUAGCAGGGAGAGGUUUCCCCCAUCUGGACAUCCUCAGCCUAAACUCAACGGUGGGCAGCAACCUCCAUCGGGGGUACCGACUCACUUUGAUCCUGCUUUUAGAAGCAUGAUGCCACCCUACAUGUUUCACGCCUAUCCUCAAAUGUCAUUGGGCCCGGGACAGGGUAACUUCAGAUACCCAGUACCACAAGAUGGCGGAAAGGGUCCUCGUUCAACACGACCCCAACAGCCACCCCCUCAGUCCUGGCUCCAAGACCCCGACAGACCUUCUAUCAUCAGUGCAACAGAGCUAAAGGAGCUGGACAACUUGGACACUGAUGUUGAUGAGGGCUGGGCAGGAGCUCAGAUGGAAGUGGAUUACACUGAAAAACUAAACUUCAGUGAUGAUGAAGAGAAUCAAGCGGCUAAAGGCAAAGGAGAUAACUGGGAGUGGAUGGGUAAAGUGGAGUGCAUGAGAUCUCGGACAUCAGAUAACCAAGAGGGCUGGAAAGAUGGAUCUGAGGAGCCUGUGGGCAGUAAAUCCUCUUGGGCUGAUGGCGUUGAUCCCAGAGCACCAUCACCUGGCAGUUUGGGGCAGUACAGUAAAACUGCUGCAACACAGGACUACCAGAGUGUCAGCCGUGCUGCUGGGAGUACUGCUCCACGUGGAGACAAACCACAGGCUACUGUGGCACCUGCUGCUGAUGAAGACUCGGAAGCCUGGCGACAGAAGCGGAAAAAGACAUCUGAAGUUUCUGAAGCUGUAGAGCGAGCAAGACGAAGGAGGGAAGAGGAGGAACGGCGAAUGGAGGAGCAGAGGCUCGCUGCUUGUGCAGAAAAACUUAAACGUCUAAAUGAAAAACACAAACAAGCAAAUGAGAGUAAAACCGCCAAUGCUCAAACCACUAAUGACGACGCAGGAGCUGCAGGGGAGGACGCCCCAUCUGCACCAGUUCCUGCAUCCAGUCCUGUCCCUUCAGUACCAGUUCCACAAUCACAGGUCCCAGUCAUCCAAGACCCUGUAUCAGAGAGGGGGGGUCCAGACAAAGAAAGGGCAGAGCAAGAACAUGAGGGAGUAGAACCAAGUGCUGAGAAUGAGGCUCAGUUACUUCAUCAGCCCAGCUCCCCAACCCAAAGACCCGUAGCAACAGCUCCAGAACCACAAAGCCAAGGAGAACUCACCUUAGUGGAGGUCGGUGCUCUUGUGGAGGAGAACCAGGUGGAUAGGACAGCAUCUGUACCUAUCCAUGACUAUUUUAACUUGGAGGACAACAGAGUGGAUGAGCCCCAUCUGUCUCUGUCACACAUGGACACUCCAGGAGGAGAAGAAGUCCCUAUUGCGCCCCCACAACUAGAAGGAGAGGCCACUGCUGCCAUUCGUCCCUCUCUUAUGUCAGGCUAUUCCAAACAGUUUCAAAAGUCGUUGCCACCACGUUUCCUCAGACAACAGGAGCAGAUGAAGCAGCAGCAAUGGCAACAACAGCAAAGCGGGGGAUCUGUGUCCCCAUCAGGUGCUGGCAGUGUUCCAGCUUCCCAACAGCAGCAGCACCGCUCCAUGUACCAACCAAUGGGCCCCCACCACCAGCACUUGGCCUCCAUGGGGUUUGACCCUCGCUGGCUCAUGAUGCAGUCCUACAUGGAUCCUCGCAUGAUGUCGGGCCGACCUCCUAUGGACAUGCCAGCUAGCAUGCACCCCGGGAGAAUGCCUCCAAAGCAGAUUGUACGCAGAGAGGCAGGUGACAACUCCAGCUCCAGCUCUGACUCGUUCGAUCACUUGUCCCGACCGGUUCGAGACCACGGCCUGCCCUCAGACUCACGAAUGGUUUGGGGAUCAGAUCCAUACCCACAGUCUGAACCGUUACGCACUGUAACUCCUCCAAAAGGGCGAGAUGACCACCAGGAACAAAGGAUCGACUCUGGGUUGGAUCUGGACAGGGGUCUUCCAGCUAUUUAUGCUCAGGAUCCCAGUACAGCUGACUCUCGUAAAAGUAACUUUUUCCGGGAUCCAGAAUCCCUGUCGGUGUUUACUCAGGGCCCUGAGGAUGUUUCAGAAAGGGUCCCUGUAAGUUCUACCUUUGACACAGUUGAGAGAGGUUUACCAGGUGGGGAGGAGGUAGAGGCAAUUGGUCAAGCCAUUCUUCAAAGAAGUGUCUCGCAGGGUUCCAGCCACUCUCUUAAGCUAGAUGAGCUAAGGUUUGAUGGGAUACCCCCGGCAACAAAAUCACUAGAUCAACACGACACAGGAGAACGGGUUUCAGACAAGCACCAGAAUGAAGUCUACUCCCAAGCUGCUGUAGCCCUUAACAGGGCUACACCACCUGCAGAUGGAUUACACAAGCCAGAGAAACUGCCUCUGCCAGGCCCCAGCAAGCAGAAAGCUGAACUUCGCUGGGGUGGAAGAUCUGGGGCUGGACGCAGAGAAGGGCUAGGGGGAGAAAGACCAGUUCGCAGAUCAGGACCAAUAAAGAAGCCUGUUCUAAGGGACAUGAAAGAGGAGAGGGAGCAACGAGAGGAGAGAGAAAAACGUCAUGAGAGAGGAGAAAAGGGGGACCGGUCCAAAAGGGAUCAGUCGUCUAAAGCUCCCUCUGCAGCUGCAGUGGUGUCUGAAAGCACCAGACCUCAGGGUGAGGGCAAGAGGGAAAAUGCUGAGACGGAGGAAUCCUCCAUUUCCCACCCCAGAGCGAGAGACUCUCAGCCUUCUUCAGGAGUGCCCACCUCUUCCUCUCAGGAGGAGAAAGUAGACAAGCUGCCCUGUAACGACAAACAUCCAGAAACAAAACUGCCGUCUCGAAAAGACUCCAAUUUUCCUCCUCCACGUGUCAGACGAGAAGAUCGAGAGAGGGAACGUGACAAGGAAACAGACAAGGACAGGGAGAGAGAAUGGCCUCCUGAUUCAAAUUUCAAAGGACGCGGUCGAGGGGAGUACUACUCACGAGGGCGUAGCUACAGAGGAACCUAUAGUGGGCGCAGCAGGGGAUGUCGUGGUCGUAGCAGAGCAGAGUACCCUUAUCGGGAGCCUCGAUUACGCUCUGACUUACCCUCUGCUGGAGGAGCUGCUGCCUUUCGCAACCGAGAAGAAAGUGAGACACGCAGCGAGAGCUCAGACUUUGAAGUCAUUCCUAAACGCAGGCGGCGCCGUGGUUCCGACACAGACUCUGAAAGUGAAGGUGGGAGAGAGUCUGCCAGUGAUACUGGACCCUCUGAUCGUGAGCCUAGCACCAAACCUAGCCGUCCACUAAGAAGAGAUCUCCCCGGUGAGGGCCGUUCCCACCAUAAGCUGGGCUGUGAGCCGCCUCACGGGGUAGAAAAGUUGGGGUCAAGAGUGGAUGAAGAAGGCCGGCCCAAGCCAGGAUUUCUUCCUAAAGGAGAGCCUUCUCGCCGAGGACGAGGAGGAUUGUACAGUAGAAGAGGUGGACCAAGAGACCGUGGAGGACCUCGCUCGGCUCCUCAUAGAAGGCCAGCGGCCAGAGAUUCCUCCUCGCAGUGGCCCUCUAAACCCAUGGAGACAUUCAGGCCUGAGGAUGCAGAUAUUUCAGCGAGAUACGACAAUCCUUCCACCGACCGACGACCUCCAAAAUUAGAGGGUAAAAAGUUUGGAGAUGGCGGGCCUCAGAGUAGCAGAGAACGGCCUCGUCGAUCCCGACCAACACGGCCCCCAAGGCAAGAUAAACCCCCCCGCUUUAGACGUUUGAAAGAACGUGAGGCUGGGGGGUUUGGUGGUGACACAGCUUCAAGUCCCCCAGUUUCUUUAGCUUCUGUGCCUGCUGCAGCUGGCCCUAGUUUAGCUCCUGCCCAAUCCGCCCUUUCUCCACCCACGUCUAGAGCUCCAGGAACUCCCAUAACUGUGCCUGCAGAAGUGACAGCUGCUGUACCUGCACCUGGCCAAUCUUCUCCCUUAGAAGUGUCCUUGCCAGAGGCCAGUAGUCCCUCCAUUACUGCAGUGGGUACCAAAUCCCCUGACUUGUCCAACCAGAACUCUUCAGAUCAGGCCAAUGAGGAAUGGGAAACUGCUUCGGAAAGCAGUGAUUUCAAUGAAAGGAGAGAACGAGAGGAGAGAAAAGGAGCGCUGGAGGCUGCAACUGAGGUCACCCCAGCGUCGGUGCCUGCACCUCCACACGGUUCUUCAUCUCCCAAUAAAAGUCCACCUGAUGGAGGAGUGACUCCAAAACGAGAGGCUUCUCAAGCAGCCAAGAGGAGUUUUUCAAGUCAGAGGCCCAUAGAAAGACCCAAUCGUAGAGGCAACAGCGGAGCCAAACCCGGCCGCAGCUACAUAGGAGGCAAGGGUGAGAGGAGAGGAGGAGGAAAGGCUGGCCGCAAAGGUCCUGCAGCCCAGCAGAGCACUGAGGCAUCAGCAGCUGGAGGGCCAGCUCAGAGGCCUGCUAAAGAGCAGUCUGCCCGUCGUAAAGAUGAAGCCAAACAGGCCGUUAAGAAGCCCAAGGAGAAUGCUCUCUCUCAGUUUGAUCUCAACAAUUACGCCAGUGUCGUGAUCAUUGAUGACCACCCAGAGGUGACCACCACAGAAGAUCCUCAGUCCAGUGCCAACGAUGAUGGUUUCACUGAGGUGGUUUCACGCAAACAACAGAAGCGCCUACAGGAUGAAGAGAAACGAAAAAAGGAAGAGCAGACUUCUCAGAACUGGGGUAAAAAAGGUUCUGGCGAGAAGAGUAGAGGAAGUGGAGGCAAGCUGCCCCCAAGAUUUGCCAAAAAACAGUCAACACAACCGCAGCAGCAGCAGCAACAUGAAAAGCAGCAACAGCAGUCAGCCUCACAGUCUCAGCCUCCUGUAGCCUCCGCUGCCCAGCAGCAGCCCUCCAUCUCUGCUCCGCAACACUCUCACCACGCCCCCUCACAACCUGCUGCUUCUCCUCAAACUUUGGAAGGAGCCGUGGCUCCUCUAGCUCCUGUUCCUCCUCCUAGUGUGGAUUUCACCUCCAAGAGCCUACCACCUGCACCUACACAAACACACAGCACACUUGGUACAGAACUGUGGGAGAACAAGGUUGCAGGGUCCACUGUGCUACCUGAUGUAAAGAAGCUUGGACCCAUCAGCCCUCCACAGCCUCCUUCCGUUAGUGCGUGGAACAAACCUCUAACUUCGUUCACUGGCACGGUCUCCUCUGAGGGUGUGAAGCCUGGGAGUGAUGGCAGUGUGGAGUUGGGGAUAGACAGUAUUCAGUUUGGUGCACCAUCAUCUGCUGGGAGCACCGAUAGCGAUGGAGGUCCUGCAUUGUUAGAAACGGGCUCUGAGAACAAGCUACCUGCUCCCAAAGAACAAAGGCAAAAACAACCUCGUACUGGUCCCAUCAAGACACAGAAGAUCCCAGAAAUGGAACCAGUUGAAACCAAGGAGUACAAGCCAGGUCCUAUUGGUAAAGAGCGCUCUCUGAAGAACCGUAAGGCCAAAGACGCACGUGGAACAGAGACGGAGGGCCUGGAGGGAGGAGUUUCUGGGGGGAAUGUCAGCAGAGCCAAUGACUCCAGUCCUCCCACUAGUGACACCACAGUACCAGAGCUGGGAGGGGACAUAGAGGGCAUGAUCACUGCCCCAUCAGCAGAGUACAACAGUAGCUCCAAGGAGUCCGUCACUGACUACACCACUCCUUCCUCCUCUCUGGCUGACAGCGUUCCUACGGGAGGGAACAAAAUGGAAGAGAGUUUAGUAGCUAACGUGGCCCUGCCCCACUCACUCCCCCUUCCUCACAGAGAGACCCUGCAGCAGAGCUCCAGUCUCAGCACAGUCUCUCCUGCUACAGUCGACUUAACACUAAAGAUGGAGUCUGCUCGUAAAGCUUGGGAAAACUCUCCAAGUCUGGAAAAGAACUCACCAGUCACCUCCUCUUCUUCCCCCAUCACCUCCUGUGCUUCUUCGUAUUCUUUCUCCUCAGCCUCCAUGCCUCAGAUUCCUGUGGCAUCUGUCACCCCCAGCACUUCACUGUCAGGUUCUGGUACCUAUACAACAUCGUCCCUCAGCACAAAAACCACCUCAGCUUCUGAUCCUCCAAACAUCUGCAAAGUGAAGCCACAGCAGCUCCAGGGUGGAAGCCUGUCCUCCUCCAGCAGUAGCAGCAGCAACAGUUUCUCCCAGCUAGGCUGUGUGCCUCCUCUCUUGCCCCAGCAGCAACAGACCCCACAGGUGUACGUCUCCCAGUCUGCAGCAGGUUCUGCAGCUCAGAUUCCAGCUUUCUACAUGGACACCAGCCACCUCUUCAGCAACCCCCACCCUCGUUUGGCUCCGCCCUCUCUGGCACAGCAGCAGGGUUUCCAGCCUGGACUCUCUCAGCCAACAGCAGUGCAGCAGAUUCCCAUCCCCAUCUAUGCUCCUCUUCAAGGCCAGCCUCAGCACCAACACACCCAUCAGGCUCAGCUGGGGCUUGGCACUGGUCCACCAGUGUCACAGCCACAGGAUCUGUUCAGCUCUUCACUUCAGCCAUACAGGUCCCAGCAAGCGUUCAUGCAGAGCAGCCUGUCCCAGCAGUCCAUGAUGCUAUCGGGGCCUUCCCUGCACAGCUAUCCUGGUGUACAAGCCCCUGAGCUGGGAAAACCACAGUCCAGUCUGGCCUAUCAGCAGCCCUCCUCUACCCAACACAUUCCCAUUCUGUUUGAGCCACAACUCAAUCAGCCUUCAGGCAUGGGGGGGUCUCAGCUCAUCGAUACGCACCUGCUACAGGCUCGACAGGGGAUGAAUCAACAUUCAAACAUUUACUCAGGACAGGUACAGCAGCAUGGCCAGAGUAGCUACUACAGCAACACCCAGUCUCCCAGUUCUGCUAUGCAGCAGGUAACUGUCCCUCUGCCGGGUUCCCAGCUGUCCCUACCAAACUUUGGUUCAGGUGGAGGCCAGCCGCUCCUGGCUCUGCCACCAACUCCUCCCCAGGCCCAGCCUCCUAACAUCAACAGACAACCCCCGGUUUCUCAGUCCUACAGAGGCAUCAUGGGCCCCAAUCACAACAUGAUGCAGCCUCCAACCAACAAGAUGGACAUGGACCUUAAACUCUUUGGCAGUGGGAUGGAUGUGAAGCCUGGAACACCUCCUGUCAAUGCCAGGAGCACAACACCCACCUCCAGCCCUUACAGGGCCAGCUCAACGUCUCCCAGCAGCCAGUCCAGUAAAAUGAACAGCAUGAUCUACCAGAAGCAAUUUCAGCCCAGUUCUGCUGGCAUGAGAAUGACUCAGCAUUUUCCUGGCCAGUUCAAUCCACAGAUUCUGUCUCAGCCCAGCAUCGUCUCUCCCCUAGUUCGCUCUCCUCAUGCUAAUUCAUUUGGUGGUGUUCAGCGUUCCUCUAUGGGUCCUCCCAUUUCACCCAAUGUGGGUGGUGGUCUCAUGUCUCACCCCCGACCACAGCAUCCACAGCACAGUCAGCACCCUCCCAGGGGGCCUUCUGGGCCUUCCCUUGCCCCCAGAGGCUCACAAGCAGCUCUGAAGGCUGAGCAGGAUCUGAAGGCUAAGCAGCGGGCUGAGGUGCUCCAGUCCACCCACAAGUUCUUCUCAGACCAACAGCAGCAGCAACAACAACUGAAGGCUCCUCAAGUCAGUAAAGCUCCCCGGCUUGAUCAGGGAGGAAAACCACUCGACACUUCAGCUUCAAAUCACCAGGCUGGAAGUGAGCGCCCAGAUACUGACAAACCUCCUGUAUCGACAGCCAAACCCAUUCGAACUGGCCCUAUUAAACCCCAGGCCAUUAAACCAGAAGAAGGAAAGUGAACGGCUUGCAGCCCUGUUGAGCUGAGAAAACGUUUGGAUGGAAGAGAAUCAUUCACUCAGCCAGAGCCUCAUGUCAUCCCUGGAGGACCGUGUGAGGGAGGAGGAUGAAUUGGGCAGAGAUUUAGAUGGUAGUGUUACAAACUGUAGACACUGUCAUGUACAAGUGUAUUCUUCUUCCUCCCUUUUCCCGUCUUGUCCCACUACAAAUGGGAGUGUUCUAGUUGGACUCUUUCAUCAUAUUUAGAUGCUGAUAAAAUCGCUGCUCUAUUUGUUUUCAUAGAAGUCGACUCUGAUGGUGGAAACACAGAAGAUUGGAGAGAAAAUUAAAAAUGUGCUGCUGAGUUAGCCAUUUUUUAAAAAAGGUUUUUGGGUUUUUAACCCCCCCUAGCAUCAGAAAUGUAAAAAAAAGAAACAUGUUUUUAUUUUUAUUUUUUUUUUUU